GUGGUGGUUGCAGUUUAUUCUGUGACUAACGUUACUAUUUUGCAAAGAGAUUCAAUGGUGGCAGAGAAGAGACAGCUCCCAAUUCGGCUAUUUACUCGUGGGACAGAGCCGAUGCCUAGGAAGAGUAUGAAUUACCACUCUCAUAUGGAAAAAAUGGAUAAGGUUUUCAGCAAACUUGGAAUGGAUGCGUGGCUGAACUUGAGGAAUUCUUGUCUUGGUGUUUUCGUAACGUUUUACGAGAAAGAAUUCGUCUUUGCGGGUAGGAUCGUGCAGCAUUUGCUUCUUCGUCAGCUUGUUGUCGAGCAGCCGCAUGAAAUCUGGUGUUUGUUGGGAGACCAACCAGUGAGGUUUUCACUUAAUGAAUUCCAACAUCUCACUGGACUAAACUGUGGGGAACUCCCACGGGAUGAUGAUGCUGUAAUAAACCACCACACCGAGUUCUGGACGAUGCUCAAGUUACGGCCUAACAAAGGUCCAAGUUGGGCAAGCUUGGCUAGGUCGUUGGAUGAGUGCAGUGGUUGGUCUGUUUGCGACAGAACUAAUCUUGGGAUGUUGUGUUUGUUGUCAAUUUGUGUUUUUGCAAUGGACCGGCGGGUUAGGAUUCCAGUUUCAAUUGCUAAGAUGGUGCUGAGGAGGGAUACAUUUGACAUGUAUCCUUGGGGGAGACUGGCGUUUAUGCAUCUGAUUCGCGCUAUCAAAUCCGCGGAUUUCGAUAAAUACAGCCUUGUUAUGGACGGUUUCGUUCAAAUGUUACAGGUGUGGGGAUACUGGGCGUUCCACCGUCUAGGGGAGACGGUCGGAAGUAAAAGAGAGUGCGAGGGCGUGGAACUAACAGGAUGGAAAGGUAGUAGGAAGCCAUUUGACUUGGACCAGUUACUCUUGGACGAUAUGAGAGAAUAUGGGAAGGUUCGGGUAACACACUUGCAUUAUCCGGGGGGAGAUUUGAUCUUUCCUAAAUGGCGAAACGAAGCUCAUGAUCCUUUGGUUCAUUGCAUGAUUAAAAAAAUUAUGAGUCUUGGCGACCGCUUCACGCCGACUGAUUGGCCUUCCAAGGGAAUGAAAGUCGGCAAUCCUCAACGGAAGAGAGAAACGAAAAGAAAGGCGUCAGUUAGUCGAAGUUUAAGCGACUCUAGCGGGGUUCAUGACGCAUGCGGUUCUCCAACUCCGACCAAGAGGAAGCGAGGCAAUAAUGUUAAAUGCAGAAAUGUUGCUGGCAAAGCGAGUUUGGCAACAACACAAUCUGGCGGAUCAAAUGAUUUGUGGAAUUUAUCUCUCAGUUCUUAUCGAGCAAAGAUAAGAACCGAAGACAAUGGCAAGUCGGUGUGCCCUGUUUGUAAGUGCAAGGUUAAAUUAGUGCCCUGCCUAUAGAACUACCAGCUUCGAGCUUCACAUUUUGGAGGAAAGAGCAAGAGAUCAAAAUCAUCUCUUAUCUCACUUUUUUUGUGUAAAGAUAUCUGGAGACGCCUCUUUCUUACCUUCCCCUUAAAUAUGUUUGGAUUCUCGGAAAUUAUUGUGGUUAGGGGUUUAGGCAUCACUAUGUAGCUACCCCACUUUUUGUUUGAUUUUGUGCUUAUCUUGUUUAUGGGCUUAAUUCCUUUUGUUGUAGUAUCAAAUGCAAUCUGUCUAUUCCUCAUGGUUUUGUGCAUUAAUGAGAUUUCAGAUCGUUUCUAUUAUCGUUUGUAGCUUUAGAAUCUUGAACAGGUCUUUAAGUUUUGCUUCUUAAGUUUCCUUUUUAGUUGUGUGACCAAGUAGACUAGUGUUGUUAUUUAGCAAGACCUAAGGCAAAAUAAAAGAUACAAAUAAAU